UUGGUGCGCGGCUGUCAUGUGGCGCUUCCGAAUGUUCGGGUUAAGGCGGAAACCGGUCCGUAAAGGGGCCACCUGUGGGCAGAAGUGGACGGCAGCCCCAUUGGGCUCCCCCAAUUCCAGCACCAUGGAUGCCCGGCCACUCUUCCAAACCUUGCUCACGCUGGCCGAGGAUAACGUGGCGUUCUUUCAGAACGUCCCCACCGAGACCGGCCAACGUUUCCUGGCCACCUUCACCACCAUCCGAGAACACGCCCGGUGCCUUGAACCGAUGCUCGACCACUUCUCCGCCAUCUACCAUAUCUUCGACCUCGAUGAGCACACCCCCAACGGCUACCGCAGCUUGGCCCAGACGGUGCGCUGCUGCGUGGCUCACAUCAUCCACAAGAGCCGUUACGUGGCCGCCAACCGACGCAGCAUCUUCUUCCGUACCAACCACAAUUGCUCCGAGCUGGAAGCGUAUUGUGUGGCCUUGACUCAACUCCGGGCCUUGGUUUACUUAGCCCAACAUCUGCUGACCCAGAACCGCCCCGGGUACCUCUUCAACCACGAGGAUCGAGGCCUCUCGGAACAGUUUCUCCGGGAAUACGUCACGAUGCAGAAGGGGUGUUUUUACGGGCGCUGCAUGGGCUUUCAGUUUGCUCCUUCGAUCCGGCCUUUCCUGCAAACCAUCGCCAUCAGCCUGGUUUCCUUUGGGGAGAAUUACAAACGUAACACCUCCAGCAUCGGAGUGGCUGCUGGCUCUCUCUUCAUGAGUGGGAAGUUCGCCAUUGACCCUGAACUGCGAGGAUCAGAGUUUGAACGCAUUACUCAGAACUUGGAUGUCCAUUUCUGGAAGAGAUUUUGGAACCUCACCGAGACGGAGUUGCUAGCGUCGCUGGCCAGCAUGGCUUCCUCUCAGGUCCGGAUGUCCCGAGCCUUGCUGGUCCCACCCCAUUCCUUCGAACUGCCUCUGGUUUCUAACCCCAAACUGACUGUUACCAUCACACCUCCGGUGGCCCACACUGGGCCAGGAGCCGUCCAGAUGAGGCUCAUUUCCCACGAGCUGCGUGAAGGACAGGAUAGUGAAGAAUUGCUGAAAUUGAUGCGACCGGAAGGAACGCUGGCCCUGGAGCUACCCUGGAAAUCCAAGACCCUGCCCCGUUCUCCCUACCUCGUGGUGCAUUUUCACGGAGGGGGUUUCGUAGCCCAGACUUCCAAGUCGCACGAGCCCUACCUGAAAUCGUGGGCUCAGGAAUUGGGGGCCCCUAUCCUUUCUAUCGACUACUCGCUCUCACCCGAGGCUCCGUUCCCACGAGCGUUAGAGGAAUGCUUCUUUGCCUACUGCUGGGCCCUUAAAAACUGCCACCUCUUGGGCUCCACAGCACAAACGGUGUGCCUUGCCGGGGACAGCGCCGGCGGCAACCUCUGCAUCACCGUCUCCAUGCGCGCCGCUUCUUUUGGGAUCAAGAUGCCGGAUGGGAUCAUGGCGGCCUACCCCGUCACCCUCUUGGAGGCUGCCGCCUCGCCCUCGCGCCUUCUCACGCUGCUGGACCCGCUCCUGCCUCUCAGCGUCUUGUGCAAAUGCCUCAGUGCCUACGCAGGAAUGGAGUCCGAGCAGCCAGACGACUUGACCUUGGAGAAACUGGACCCCAUGAACAUGAUGCGCCAUAACACGGCCCUCCUCUUCCGAGAUUUGCGCUUGGGUGCGUCCGCCUUGGUUGGCUCUUUGAUGGACAAGACAGGCAAGCACAACAGGGCAGGUGCAGGAAGUGAAGCCUUGAGGAAAAGCGCCUCCGAGACGAGCUUGAAAUCGAAGACAUUUGCCAGCCAUAAAGAUUCCCGGAAGAAGAGCCAGACGUGUCAAAAUUUCUUGGGGUCCCCCGAUGUCCAGCGAGGCUCAUGCUCCACCACUCCAGACCCCGAAGAUCAGCCCACCUUCUUCUUCUCCGACCAGGACCAAGAGGCCUUCUCCUCCAGGAAACUCGAGAGCUUGAUGUUUCCUGACGGCUUCCAGCCGCUACGCAGCAGCCAGCCUGGUGCCAGCCUGCCUCUGGAGAUGUCGCCCAUCGUCAAGAACCCCUUCAUGUCGCCCCUUUUGGCCCCGGAUGAAAUGUUGAAGGGACUCCCUCCGAUCCAUAUCGUGGCGUGUGCUCUGGAUCCCAUGUUGGACGACUCCGUGAUGUUUGCCCAGAGGUUGCGGGCCCUCGGUCAGCCGGUCACUCUGCGAGUGGUGCAAGAUUUGCCCCACGGCUUUCUCAGCCUGUCCCAGUUGUGCCGCGAAACCCGCCAGGCCUCGGCCGUCUGCACAGAGCUCAUCCGGAGCAUUCUGGUCCCUUCCGACGCUGCCCCACCACCGCCCCCGGCCGCCCUCCCGAAACAUCGCAAACUGGAGCGAACUUCUCCGGCUGUGGCUGUGAAUGCCGACCUCCCUCCCAUCCAGGAGAACGGAGUCCUCCCUCAACACAAAGCGUCGCACAAUCCAACGGCAGAAACCAGGACCGCUAACCCCAACGAGGAGGCUCAAACCACCAGCAAAACUCCAGAACCCCCUGGAACUGGGGGCCGUUCCUUGGACCAGCAAAACAAAGCCAAGAAUAUCAGCACGCCUCCGGCUGCCGGUCCCAUCUUAAACGCCGCUAUCAUUCCUGGCCAAGAUUCUGGCUCUUCGAGUAGCACCUCGGGCAGAGGGGUGGGGGCCUGAGGGCCCCCCCCCCCCCCACCCU